AUGCGUCACUUCGAUGCCUGGUUACUUCGAGAUCCGUACUCCGUCUUCCACUACUACCCCACCGGACGAAGAUGGCAAGAGACUGUUCGUGAUUUGAUUCAAGAACGCAAGAUCUGUGCGCCCACCGUGGAUAUCUUUUCUCAUGCCUCCUCCACAUCAUCCAAACCAGUCGACCCAUAUGCCCGGCCCAUGGCAUCCCAAUCCGACAGCUUAUUCUUCCGCAAGCUGCCUGCCGAAAUCCGCCUCAUAAUUUACAAUUAUGCCUUCGGCGAUGAAGCUAUCCAUCUAGUCCAAUUGAAGGGCAAGAUCCGCCAUGUCCGGUGCAAGCACCCUUCGUCGUCGCUCGACCGCAACCGCCGCUGCUGCCCUGUUACCCCAGCCCGCUGGCGGGUCCAGGAGAACUGUACUGCAGGCCAAGGCCACUCCGACAGCGUGCUCUACCCGCACACCCACGCCUCCCUCCCAGCGUCCCUGAGCAACUCAUCGGUGGCCUUGCUGCGCACAUGUCGUGCCAUAUACGCUGAAGCAGCCGACAUCCUUUACGCCAACGCCGUCUUUGACGUAGACGACCUCCACACCUUCAUCGCCUUCUCUCUGAUCGUCUGCCCGCAGCGUCUCCGCUCCAUCAAGCGCCUCACCGUCCAAUGGAUGCCCAUUUGGCAGCCCAUGGCCGGCCAGGAGCACAAAUCCUCCAUCUAUUCCCACACUCACAACGACCACCUCUGGGCUCUUUUCUGGUCCCGGAUCGCCGCCCUCCGCGGCCUCGGACAGUUACAUCUGAGCCUUGACCUCGGCCGCUUCAGUGGUAACGCCAUGGGCCGUGUGAUUGGCGGAAAACGCCUUCGCCUGGCUAUCGAUGAGCCCUGGGUUGCCCCGAUGUUAUGUGUCCGCGGACUCAAGUCGUUCGAGUUGGGCAUCACGGCCCGCUGCGACGCUUACGCCCGGAGAGUGAUGGAGCAAGACCUGUGUCGGGAUGCCGUGGCUUUGCGAGACGCUCUCCGUGAGCGUAUGUGCUCACCGCGAGGCCAGAUACCCAUCGUUCCUGAUCCUCAAAUGAAGAGGGCGUGUGGCAUGGAGGCGGAGGUGGAGAGGAAAAUGCGGCCGCGCCUUGCGAUCACUGCUGCUUGA